CGGCUGCAGCAACAGGCGGCGGGUUGGGCUCAGGGGGGGAGGCGGCAAAGGGGCGGGGAGCGUGAGGAGGAGCGACUCGGCCCCGCCGCUGCCGCCUCUUUCCCGCUGCAUGGACGAGCACAUCAGCCUCCUGCGCUCGCCGCCGCAGCCCUUCGCCCACCACCGCACCCACCCUCCCCAGGACCACGCGAGCGGCGGCGCCCACACUCUGGUGAACCCCGGCUACGCCGAACCCGCCGCAGGCCCCGAGCUGCCGCCCGACAUGACCGUGGUGCCCGGGGACCACCUGCAGGAGCCGGAGCUGGCCGACGGCGGCGGAGGCCAGCCCCAGGGCGGCUGCGGCGGAGGCGGAGGCGGCUGUGACCGCUAUGAGCCGCUCCCGCCCGCGCUGCCGGCUGCAGGCGAGCAGGACUGCUGCGGGGAGCGCGUGGUCAUCAACAUCUCGGGGCUGCGCUUCGAGACGCAGCUUAAGACCCUCUGCCAGUUCCCAGAGACGCUGCUGGGCGACCCCAAGCGUCGCAUGAGGUACUUCGACCCGCUCCGCAAUGAGUACUUUUUUGACCGCAACAGGCCCAGCUUCGACGCCAUCCUCUACUACUAUCAAUCCGGGGGCCGCAUCCGCCGGCCGGUCAAUGUGCCCAUCGACAUCUUCUCCGAAGAGAUCCGCUUCUACCAGCUGGGCGAGGAGGCCAUGGAGAAGUUCCGCGAGGACGAGGGCUUCCUGCGGGAGGAGGAGCGGCCCCUGCCCCGCCGCGACUUCCAGCGCCAGGUGUGGCUGCUCUUCGAGUACCCCGAGAGCUCGGGGCCGGCCCGGGGCAUAGCCAUCGUGUCUGUGCUCGUCAUCCUCAUCUCCAUUGUCAUCUUCUGCCUGGAGACCCUGCCAGAGUUCCGAGAUGAGAAGGACUACCCCUCCUCGCCGUCGCAGGACGUAUUUGAGGCAGCCAGUAACAGUACGUCGGGGUCCCCUGCGGGAGCCUCCAGCUUCUCGGAUCCCUUCUUCGUGGUGGAGACCCUGUGCAUCAUCUGGUUCUCCUUUGAGCUGCUGGUGCGAUUCUUCGCUUGCCCCAGCAAAGCCACGUUCUCGAGAAAUAUCAUGAACCUGAUAGACAUUGUGGCUAUCAUCCCAUAUUUUAUCACCCUGGGUACCGAGCUGGCCGAGCGACAGGGCAACGGACAGCAGGCCAUGUCCCUAGCUAUCCUAAGGGUCAUUCGCCUGGUGAGGGUCUUCCGCAUCUUCAAACUCUCCCGCCACUCCAAGGGACUGCAGAUUCUGGGGCAGACACUGAAGGCUUCCAUGCGGGAGUUGGGGUUGCUCAUCUUCUUCCUCUUUAUUGGGGUCAUCCUUUUCUCCAGUGCGGUCUACUUUGCUGAGGCAGACGACCCCACUUCGGGUUUUAGUAGUAUCCCGGAUGCCUUCUGGUGGGCAGUGGUAACCAUGACAACAGUAGGUUAUGGAGAUAUGCACCCAGUGACCAUAGGGGGCAAGAUCGUGGGGUCUCUUUGUGCCAUCGCUGGUGUCUUAACCAUUGCCCUGCCAGUUCCUGUAAUUGUUUCCAACUUCAAUUACUUCUACCACCGGGAGACAGAAGGGGAAGAGCAAGCCCAGUACAUGCACGUGGGAAGUUGCCAGCACCUCUCCUCCUCAGCUGAGGAGCUCCGAAAAGCACGGAGUAACUCGACUCUAAGUAAGUCGGAGUAUAUGGUGAUCGAAGAGGGGGAUAUGAACCACAGUGCUUUUCCCCAGACCCCUUUCAAAACAGGCAAUUCCACUGCCACCUGCACCACGAACAAUAAUCCCAACUCCUGUGUCAACAUCAAAAAGAUAUUCACCGAUGUUUAAUAUAGGAUAGGAGUGACAUACUGUGCUAAGUUUUGUGUGGAACGUGCCCCCUUGGUCUGUGAUGCCCUUGUUUUGUACAUUUCCAGACCAUUCAUCAAGGAAAGGACCUGAAGAAGUGGGAAGCACACUCCAUUCUCCCUCUCCCUAGUGCUUCAUACUGAAACAGGUGCCUGUGUUGCAGGUGGGCUGCAUUCUCUCAGCUCUCCUUUUCCCCCCCUCCCCCUUUCUUGAUUUUUGUGAACAACAAUCUUACAUUAAACUUGUUUUCUAGUAGUACAUGCCCUAUUUAAAAAAAAAAAAAAAAAAGUACAUCCUGGGAGGAAAUGAAACUAAAGAACAGUUAGAGUAACUGUUUAACCUCAAAAUGUUAAAGUAGUUGUUUCUUUACUAAGUAAAGAAGACAAAUACUUCAAUGAUGCUUCAGUUUGGUGGACUCUUCAACAUUAUUUAUUAAAUAUUUAGUUCAGUUGCCUAUCCUCUGGGUAUGUGGAUGAGAAGUCUUAACUAGAACUAUGACUUGUAAACCCACCAUGAGUUUUUUUGGUUUUUGACUGGAGUUUCUAGAUGAAUCCUCUUCUCCCAGAAUUUUAAAGGUCUCUACAACUUUGAACAAAGGGAAAUGCCCAAGAUGUCCUGAUCUAAUUUAACUCUUUGGGGCUUGCAAAGCAUUUUGAAAGUAUUUGACUUGACAGAUUCUGGUGAAGUUUAUGCAUUUGUCCCAGCCAACGUCUAUCAAAAUCUAAAAACAGAUGUUUUCAGUGCUGCUGAGCAACAAAAAAUUUCCUAAUGCAUCUGAGAGAUAAGCUUCUGCAGUAUCGCAAGAAGAUUAAAGUGGCAGACACCCCUUCCAGCGGAAGUUACUAAUUCGGACCUGACUGAUGCAGUUCCCAUAGCAACCCAUGUUUCCUGGGAAACCCGAAAAAGGUUGUCAUGGCAUCUUUUGCUCUCUAGCCCCACCCCCAGCCCCUUCCGUUUCCACAGUAACCUUUCCAGAUGGUUCCUACUUAACGUGAUUUCAUAAGGAAAACCACUAUUUGAAUAAACCGCACAAAUAAAGUUAAGCCUGAGAAUCUAAGGAGGUGAAAAAAACCAGGAAAUGCAUUUUUUUUGCUAUGAAAAUCAUUGAUGUUAUUCCAUAAUGACUGAAUCAAGAAGGGAAAAUAUCAUCUUUGGAAUGUUACAUGUAAACCACAAUAAGACAUGAUCUGAAUUAAAUGCCAGGUAUUAUUAGGUAAUAAUUUUAAAAGAUGCUUCUCUACAGUUUUCUUUCUCCAUGAAGUGACAAGCCAACAUAUGGAAUUUAAAAGCAAAUGUAAAAGUGUUCUGUACAUAAGCAAAUGAGAGAUUCCAUGUUCCUGAAACUACUACAAGGGACCUUCAGAUUUCCUCAUUAAAAAAAAAAAAAAAAUUACAAAGACAGGUCCUACAGCAGGACUGUCACCAACACAGCA